UAAGAGCCAAUGAAAACGCUCCGUUAUAUUAAAACGUCACAAAAAGGUAUAAAAGGUACAGAGGUACAGAGGUGGCUGGUAAUAUUCACAGCCACCAAAAGGUACACAGGUUAAAACUAUGACGUCAAAAGCAAAAACACAAUGCUGGUGUUUCACUAUAAACAAUUACACAGAAGAGGAUGAAACACGUCUUAAGGCGUUGACCCCGCAGUACAUGAUCUAUGGAAAAGAGGUUGGAGAGAGUGCAACUCCUCACCUACAAGGAUUUAUCAAUCUUGGUAUUAAAGGACGCAAAAGCUUCACAAGCAUGAAGAAGAUGAUCGGUCAAAAUGCGUACAUUAAAGAAGCGAGAGCUAGCGAGGCUGCUAACGAGAAGUACUGCAGUAAAGACGGGGAUGUCUACAAGCCUCAAAUAAAACGUUUCCGUCACGAAAAAGCCUCGAAACAAAACGC